AUGUCAACUGAACCUGGGAUUAGGACUUCUACGAACGAUGUUCUACAAACUCUAACAACAUUGGUAUCAGUACACCAGUUCCUGGCUACUAUGGAAACCUCUACAACUAACCCAACAACGAUUCCAACCUUUGACGCCUGUGUCUCGGCCAUAACCUCUCCAGAUGGAGAGAUCCCCCUAACCGUUCGUGAAGAACAAGGUUCAGACCUCCACGUUGUUACUUGGCAGAAGUCCGUGAACGUCUCAUUGUCCGGGGCAUCAUUUGCUGAAAAUGUCAUGCCAGUCACGAGAAACAUUGCCCCCGGUGAUGAGGACGACGAGGCUACUACCAUCUUUCCGACUCAACCCCAGAAUCUGCUACGUACUGUGAUUCCGUGGAUGAGCUUUUUGAAGCUUGUUAUGGCCUUGAGGGCGAUGGAGAUGGAGACUCAAUCUGUCCUUAACUUUCUACGAAACAGAUGUAUGUUGGGUAGCAUGGCACGAAACUGCGGUUACUGGGUCUCUCACAAUGUUCAUUGUCACUGA